AUGAUCAUGGGACUCAACUUCCUGCGAUGCGCUCUGCUUGUCUCCAGCGCUCUGUUGGCUGUUGCUGAAACUUCCAUCGACUCUAAGCCACAGCAGACGAUCAUCUCAUUUGGCGCGUCAGGAGCAUGGUGGCCAAAUGACCUCAUUGACUUCCCCACCGACGUGCAGAAACGCGUCGGCGAGAUGCUUUUCUCCAAGUCUGGUCUCUGGCUCUCAAAUUACCGUUACAACGUUGGUGGCGGUGGAGUAGGUGUCACUGCUCCGAAAGCCGUAGCUCAGUCUUUCCUUCGACCGGACGGUACGUACGACUGGUCAAGUGACAAAGCGGGCGUCACAUUCCUCAAGAUGGCACAAGAUUACAACGUUCCCUACAUUACCUUCUUUGUCAACUCAGCUCCACCCCCGAUUUCUCUGAACAAAGCUUCCUGUGGUUGGGAUAUGACCUCAGGCCAAGUGCAGCCUUUCGCCAACUACCUUGCUACGGUCGUAUCGCACUGGAAGAAUGAGGGUAUCAACGUCACAUACAUUUCCCCAAUGAACGAGCCAAUCAACAACAGGAAAAGUUGCGGCCAAGAAGGCAUGGGUGUCUCCGUUUUCCUGCGUGGAUCGGUUUUUGCGGCAGUAAAGGCUGCACUGCGAAACGCAUCGGCAAGCGAUGUCGGAAUCAUCGGCGACGAGACAUCUUGGGGAAUAGAAGCGGAUGCCGAAUACCCUUUGUGGCUGUCGAGGGCCAAGGACUCCCUCACAGCCCUAGCUAUCCAUAAUUACGAUUUCCCGACCGACGGCCUCGUCUCUUCCUACGCUUGGGUUGCACGUACAGCCUCGGGGCUCCCCAUUCGUUUUACUGAGACCUGUUGCUCCACGUCGGGUGGUGCUGGCCCAUGGUUGUUCGGGGCGCAAUACGACCCAACCAUCGUGGGCGCUCUGAUCACCUCACGAUAUGUUUGGCAGUUCCUCACGCUUGCCAACGCGGAGUCCUUCGACUGGUGGACAGCGCUUUCCGGGGAGAUGGGAUGUAGCCCAACCGCAGACGCUACUUGCGCUACCAAGAUUAAUUCCAAUGGCUGGAACGAUGGCCUCAUCUACUUCGAUCCCGACCAUGCAAAGAAUGGCAACACCCAGCUCUACCUCACCAAACGUUAUUGGGCACUUCGCCAUUUCAGCUACUUCAUCCGUCCAGGCUCGACGCGUUUCAACAUUAACAACACGCCUUCCGGUGUUGUAGCUAUCUCCACCUUAAACGCGGGCACUUGGAACGUUCUUUUCAUCAACCAAAAUACGAAGUCUAUUCCUUUCACCCUGAAGCUGCCAGGAACCAGUGCGGCGGUGACUGGCAUCACCCAGACCACAGCCCAAGACGAUUGGGCUGCAGUUACUAUACCCCCUGUUGUCUUCGGCUCUGUCCAACUCACCCUUCCUGGGCAGAGUAUCUUUUCCGUGCAGUUCACUACCGUCGGUGGCCCUACUCAGCGCCGUUCAGACGAUUAA